AUGAUCAUAAUACGAAUUGAUUCCUUUUUUUUAUUUUUUAUUUUUUUUUUUUUUUUUUUAAUUUGUAGUCAUCUUGAUCGUCAAUUCAGUGGUAUCAAAGGUGAUAGUAAACUUGAUUAUUCUGGUGCCUUGAUGGUAGUGAUCAUGAAAUUAUCUGCUUUUGGAUUCAAUGUAAUUGAUGGUCGUACCAAGGAUAAAUCAACCAUCAGUCCCUUUCAUCUACGUAUGCAAAUUGACCCUCAAGAUUAUCCCUCACUUAUCACUUUCUUUGGAUGGAUGUUAUUUUUUGGUGGCGUAUUAGCUGGUCCUGCUUGUGAUUACAUGGAUUAUAUCCGUCUUUUGACUUUACCCCUAAAUGAAACCUCCCCUUCACCGCUCACAGAAAAACAGCGCAAUAUUCGUUUAUCUUGUAUCAAACCAGUCUCUAUCGUUUUCCUCAAAGUGUUUUUUAUGAUCAUGGGCCUAAUAUUUAUUCAUCCUACUUAUAAUUAUGAAGCUCUUUUAACAUCAGAUUAUUUGAAUAUGCCCUUUGUUCAUAGGUUUAUUUUUGUUCAAAUUGUUGGACCCUUAACACGAUUCAGGUUUUAUACUGUCUGGAUGUUAGCCGAAGGUGCAUGUAUGGUAGUAGGAUUAGGAUUCAACGGGUUUGAUGAAAAGGAUCAUCCACGCUGGGAUCGUGUUGUCAAUGCGAAUUUGAAUACAGAUUGGGCCCCUUGUUUUAAGGUGUUAGUAGAAAGAUGGAAUUCGGGAGGCAAUCGUUGGUUAAAACAUUAUGUUUAUAUGCGCGUUGUCUCACCUCCUGGAUCAAAGCAAAAGCCUGUUGUCCCUCCUAUGCUUCUUACUUAUGUGAUUUCCUCUAUUUGGCAUGGUUUCCACCCUGGAUAUUAUGUUUAUUUCUUAUCAGUGGCAAUGAUUCAACAUGUAGCUGGAUUGAUGAGACGUAUUGUACGACCUUUAUUGUUGUCUCCUGAUAUGAAGCAUGGAUUACCAGUAAUUAAACCAAUCUAUGAUGUUAUAGGGAUUUUCCUUACAGUGAGUAGCAUCAAUAUUAUGAGUGCUUCUUUCAUGCUCUUGACUACCGAUAAAUAUAUGGUGGCUUUUCACUCUGUUUACUACUACAGUUAUAUCUUUACCAUUGUCGGUGGCAUCAUAUGUUAUACAGUCAAAGGUCCUUUGAUUCGCCUACAGAAAAGAAGAUUAGCGAAGUAUCAUCAACAACAAAAAGAAAAAAAUACUGUAAAUGAUUUGGCAGUGGGCAAUAUUGUGAACAAUCAUCCUUCAUCAUUAAAAACAGAAUAG